AUGACGGCGGCACCCCAGUUAACUUCCUCAUUGGAUGUGCUACGCCCUCAGCUAAAAGGUGUUCGCGCUGAGCAUGGCGCCUUGGUGUCCCUUCGCGAUGCUCCGGCAUUUGAAAUGGUGAUGCGACUCAACCAGCGAUACAAGGGGAAAUUGGUCACCGCCAUCAUGACGCAGAGCAGCGCCCACGAUGCAUCCAAAUCCGAUGAUGACGUUCAGCGUAAUUUGAAUGAGGCGAAUUGCAGCACGAUGAACUUCGUUCGUGCCUCGGAGGAAAAACGUUUAGUUUUUGUGCCCGAAGCAUAUGAGGCGUUUCUCGGAAAUGAAAUGCAGAAGUGGCUGGAUCCCUUUUAUGGUCGCAAUGAGGCUAACAAGUCUAAGCGAUCUCGCGCUGAAAGGGACAUGUUGAGUAGUGAUGACGAGGAAUUUACGGGUGACGGAAUGGAGGACGACGAAUACUCCUCCUUCUCUGAAUAA